AUGAGUCGCCGCUAUUCCUCCGAUAAAGACCGUCGUCGCUCCAAAGAUGCCUACAAACCACCCAAUAUUACGUCAACUGUAUCGAUUCCUAGUGUGUCAGUGCAACAGGAGCCAAUCCGUGGAGAAUGUCACGCGUUUUGUCCCGUCAAUGAAGAACUGGAACGCCGUCAGACUCAAGAACUCAGUCGCUUCGAGUGUCCAACUGAAAAGCUCCCAACACUCGUGGCUGUGAAGAAAUACCGUCGAGCUGCUGCAGGUCGAGACGUCUUAAAUGCAUCAGAACUGAGACCAGCCCCUGUGCUGCUGCGCACACUGCGCCACUUGUUCACGACCGUGCUGAAGUGGCCGCAAAGUGGCUUCAACAGUGGUCCGACUACCAAAGACACGACUUCGCGGCCACUGCAGGCUCGCUCGGACGAGUUUUUAGCAGUUUACUACUUUGUCAAUGACCGGGUACGCAGUGUCCGGCAGGACUUUACCGUGCAGAGAAUUGAGGGUGCGUCAUUGGUGAUCGCAUUGCAACAAGCUGCACGGUUCUAUCUGGUGGCGAAACUGCUGUCAGUGCAGUUGUUAGGAAAUAAAAAGAGUGCACAGGACUGGAGUGACAAGCUGAACGAUGAGCAGCUAAGGUCAGCUCUUUCGCAGCUUCAGGCGCUGUAUGGUCAACCCAAGCUGAAUAAGUUUGAUCUCGCGGUGGUUCCUGAGCUAAUGGAUUCGGGAGAAUUUGUUGCAUACGACGUGCUAUUGCACAUCAGCGAGCCUCAAGACGUGGCCUGCAUGUUGCGUAGUCUCUCGUCGAAAAUACGUGGCUUGCCAAUGGUGCAGCGCGCGCUUCGAGCGUUUGUGGCAUAUCAGACGGAUGACUUUCUGGCGUUUUUUGUCGAGUUCAAUACCAUGACAGUGCUAGAACGAGCUGCAUUGCUGCAUCAUCUUUCACGGGUAUGGACGCACAGUCUGCGAAUGAUCAACAAAGCAUUUGGUAAGCAGGAUCGUUUCCCGCUCGAAACACUUGCACACUGGAUGAACCUGGUUGGCCCGCACAGCACGAGCAACGGUAUCGAACUAGUGGCGACCUUGUGUAACGCAAUGAACAUCCAGAUGCAGCGCCAACCGCCAGAGUCAUCACCACCUCGAAAUGGUGCUGGCAAUGUGGCUGAUUCUUGGGAAAAUAUUGAUCGACUUGCCGAUCAAGGUGUGUUGCUGUCGGAAUCAGAGCAUUCGUUUGUUGAGUUUGCAACGUUUAACGUCGCGCCACUGCACGACCAGCUUGACUCCAAUACUGUGAAGCUGCUACUUCGAAACGUCGCUCUUGAAAUGGUAAAUGUCAUUUCUGAUACGGAUUCUAUAAUGACGGCAACACAGUGGAUAAUGGGAACAGCUUAUGGCGCGAGGCAAAUUGUUGAUACUCCGAGCGCCUAG